UUUUUCCUAGUCUGUGGAAAAGAGCGAGCGAAGCAGAGGAGUUUCCGUUAUCCAUUCUCUUUCUCUCUCCCUUUCUCUCCCCCGAACCAUUUUUUCUCUCUCCCGGAAAAAAAUAUCCACACAAAUUAGGGUUUCUCAUCGUUGUUCCUUCAAUUCGAUUUCAACUCUUCAAUCAUGGUUACUGAUUCGAUCGCCAAUGCUUCAAUUUCUUUAGCACCUAACGCUCGGGAUUUGCCCCUACCCAAGAAGAAGAGGGUUAGGAAUUCCAAAUUGAAGCAAUCCAAGCUUGACGUUCGUCGGGAACAAUGGCUUUCUCGAGGUGCUGUAAAGAACAAAAAAUGGAACGAGGAAGACAAUCGGCUCGAUUCGGUGGUUAUUAAAACGAGGAAAGAUGAUAACCUUUCCUCUGAAAAAAUAAAUAUGAGGGAAAUAGGAGAAGAGAAUGACAGAUCGGUCCACCACCAUAGCGAUUAUUCGGACUCGCCGUCUAAUAGCCCCCCUAGUCUUGGCAGUAGUAUAUUGGGUGGAAAUGAUUCGGGUCCUCAUUUUACUGGGAGUAGCAGUAGUAGUAGCUGCCGUAGCAGCUCUAGUGGCUGUCGCUCGGGGAGUAUAACGGAGGAGGAGGAAGAAGAAGAAGGAGAUGAUGACUGCUUGGAUGAUUGGGAGGCUAUUGCCGAUGCCCUAGCCGCCACUGACAAGCAACGUGAUCAAUGUUCAGAGUCUUCCCCCAGAGGCAAUGUUGUUUCUCAAUUGGAUUCUUGUGGAGACAGAAGAAACGAGUUGGGCGUAGGAGAUGGUGACUCGAAUGUUGAGCGUGGGAGAAUAGUGCAGAGGGCUUCGAUGAAUUGCCGAGCAUGGAGGCCUGAUGAUGCCUUUCGUCCUCAGAGUUUGCCCACGUUAUCAAAACAGCUUAGUUUACCGAAUACAGACCGGCGUUUUGGAUGUGGAGGGGUCCCUUGGGCCUGUGGUGGUGUUCUUCCUGUCCCUACAUCUUGUCCAAUUUGCUUUGAAGACUUGGACCUUACAGACUCAAGUUUUUUACCUUGUUUCUGUGGAUUUCGACUAUGCCUUUUCUGUCAUAAGAGGAUUCUUGAAGAGGAUGGGCGUUGUCCUGGCUGCAGAAAGCCAUAUGAUCGUGAUCCUGCCGACAAUGAGACAAACAUACUUGUUGGCAGCCCAACGUUACCAUUGGCUCGUUCUUGUAGCAUGAUUUCAAGGUCUUAGGUAGUGUUCAGUUUCUGUGAGUUAAUGUACGUCUGGUCUCACUUUUUUUUUCUUUUGUUCCUGCGUCUUGGGUAUUAUGAUAGUCUUGGGCUCUGAUUUUCAUAGUAAUAGAAGUGGCAUUUGGGUGUUGAAGUAUGGUUAUGAGAUUGAGAACCUUUAAACCAAACUGUUUCGUACAUGAGUGUGGUUCUUAUCUUAUCGUACAUUUGCCAAUGUAGAGGACCUAUUUCGUACUUAAUAUGUGAAUAGACGAGGUGGUAUAGAAAUGAAUACAUGGAAUAAUGAUACAACGUUUGUUUUUUCCACUUA